GGAGCCGGCGGGGCGAGCGGCGGGCGCGCGAGGCCUCAGUCACGCGCGGCGCUAUUAGGCGUGCUCCGGUGCUUCUCGGGCGCGUUCUGGCAAGGAAGGCCGCUAUUAAGUUAUUCUCUUGCUCGUAACCGACGUCUUACAGCUUAGGAGUCCCUUGGCAAUAAGUCCUCGAUUGGCUGUUGUGCUCGAGUUAAACAGAAGAAUGGGAAAAAGGCUAUCUCGUGCCCUCGUUGAAAUGAGUGUGGCUGAGGGAAGGAUGACAUGCAGUACUGGAGGCUUUUUCCCAGUUUUGCAGAUUAGUGGGAUGGAAGAUGAAAUAAAAGACGUGACUGAGUUCUGGGGUGCAUUACUAAGAGCGUGGCCAGCAGACUGAGGGAAGUGAUCCUCCCCCUCUACUCUGCCACGGUGAGGCUGCUUUUAGACUGUUGUGUCCUGUUCUGGGCUCCCUGGUUCAAAAAAGACAGGGAUCUGCUAGAAGUAGUCUGGCAGAGCAUCUCCCGGGUGAGGAAAGUCUGAGUAACCUGGGUCUGUUCAGCCUGGGGAAAAAAGACUGAGGGGCGAUCUGAUGAAUGUUUAUAAAUACCUGAAGGGAGGUGGGAGGCAAAUAGAUGAGGGCAGACUCUUCUUGGUGGUACGUAGCAGUAGGACGAGGAGUAAUGGCCUAAAACUUGAACAGAGGAAGUUCUGUACUAACAUGUGGAAGAACUUCUUUAGGACAGGGGUGACGGAGCACUGGAACAGGUUGCCCAGGGAGGUUGUGGAGUCUCCUUCAAUGGAGAUAUUCAAGUCCCAGCUGGAUGCCUACCUGUGCCACCUCUGCUUUAGCAGGGGGGUUGGCCUCUAUGAUCUUUUGAGGUCCCUUCCAAUCCCUGCAACUCUGUGAUUUUGUGAAAUUUAGAGAUAUUUAGGCCCACCUUUGAACUGUGCCAAGAGUAACAUAAUGCAGGAGUGUGAACUGCCAGAUCUAAGCUAUUGAUGAAUGCUCUCACAGCAUAUAUUGAAGGAUUAACCAAAGAAAUCGCCGAUGCUUCAAGAGCUGACAAAAUGAUCUUAAGAUCUCAGUGGUGUAGCAGAAAUGCUAAGUCACAGCCUGAAGCAGUGAUGGAGCACCUGGGGUCGGUGGGGGAGAGGGGGGAACAGGACCAACCUAGGGGAGCUCAGGUGCAUGCAAUGUACCUGAGUGAUGGAAGGGGUGGAGCCAGGAUCCACCCCUUCCAGACCUCAUUUAAGGGCUGGCAUCAGAGAUGAGGUUUUCUCUCUGGAGAUCCCUGUGUACCUGAGGCCUUUCAAAGGUGUUUUUUUCAGAUCCGUUUUCCAGCUCCAAGUGGCCAUACGAAUCUCACACCUCAUCCCUUUUCCAGACAACCCUCCUGGCUGCCUGCUCUAUCUUAUUUGCGAUUGGCAAAAAAAAAAAAAAAAAAAAAAAAACAGAAUGCAGGAUGUGUGCAGAAAAAUUUACAGGAAUAAGACUUUGCAGAUGGAAAAAAUAAAGGCACGACUAAAAGCAGAGUUUGAAGCCCUGGAGUCCGAGGAGAGGCACCUGAAAGAAUACAAACAAGAAAUGGACCUGCUGCUACAAGAGAAGAUGGCACAUGUGGAGGAGCUGCGACUGAUCCAUGCUGAUAUUAAUGUGAUGGAGAAUACUAUCAAGCAAUCUGAGAAUGAUCUCAAUAAACUCUUGGAAUCUACUCGUCGUCUACAUGAGGAGUACAAACCCUUAAAAGAGCAUGUAGAUGCUCUGCGAAUGACAUUGGGCUUGCAGAGGCUGCCAGAUUUGUGUGAGGAAGAAGAGAAACUGUCCCUUGAGUCUAGCUACUUUGAAAAGCAGAAAGCAGAAUGGCAGACAGAACCACAGGAGCCUCCCAUCCCAGAGUCUCUGGCUGCAGCUGCAGCAGCUGCCCAACAGCUGCAAGUGGCUAGGAAGCAAGAUACCAGACAGACAGCAACGUUCAGACAACAGCCACCUCCAAUGAAGGCCUGUUUAUCCUGUCACCAACAAAUUCAUCGGAAUGCACCAAUAUGUCCACUCUGCAAAGCAAAAAGCCGAUCUCGGAAUCCCAAAAAGCCCAAAAGGAAACAGGACGAAUGAAACUCAGAAAACUGCUGAGCAAAGUGUGAGCUUUUCCAAUACCAUUCCAGUAAAACUGUAAACGUGGCCAGACUUUACUGAGAUACAGAUGCAAGUACGACCAACCCAUUGUUUUCUAUCAAUGCAGUGUAAGCACAAUGUUCCUGUUCUGUUCUAAUUUUGUUCUGGUCCUUAGGAUGUUUUAGGAAAAUAAGUAUUAAUGGUGCUACUGUUUAAUGUUUUAAUCAUUCCAUUUUUUUGGAUUCCUAAGCAAUAUAGAAUUCUUAUGUGAGUAUCCUAGACAUCAGGCUAUGCAUACUGGCCAAAUGCAAUUACCACAGACACUUUUAUGUCCUGUUUUUCAUAGAAUCAUAGAAUGGCUUGGAUUGGAAGGGACCUCAAGGAUCAUGAAGCUCCAACGCCCCCACCCCGGGCAGGGCCACCAACCUCCACAUUUAAUACAAUAACACAUUAAUACCCCAGACUUCCCAGGGCCCCAUCCAACCUGGCCUUGAACACCUCCAGGGAUGGGGCAUCCACAACCUCUCUGGGCAGCCCGUUCCAGCACCUCACCACUCUCUCUGUGAAGAACUUCCCCCUGGUAUCCAACCUAAGUCUUCCCUCCUUCAACGUAAAACCAUUUCCCCUUGUCCUGCUAUUAUCUACCCUUUCAAAGAGUUGACUUUUAAAAGUAGAUGUUACUAAAAGAUUUUUUCAAUUUUCAAAUGGUCUCCUGUUGUCAGAAGAAAUGAAGAAAAAAAAAAUGGUUGGUUUGUUUUAAGAUUGCAUAGCCUUAGGUAUCAAAUACUGUGUUUUUUCCCCUUUUUUAAUUCAGGGGAAAAAAUUUUAUACAAGGGAUCAGUGCAUUAAGGACACAAGCGAAUUUUGAUUUACUGAAGUUUGACUAUACUUUCAAUCAAAUUUGGCUUAAAGUUUGGAAAAGGGAUCCAGUUAUAGGCUGUGUAUGAAUUACUAAAAAUGACAAGAUGUUAAAGCAUCGCACAUAAGGUAGUAUUGUUUUCAGCAGUCAGAAAACUGACUGAAACGAAUACACUAGUAGUCCUUCUAAGUUCUAAGAUAAAUCCAAUAUGUCCACAGACUGCAACGGUAGCCAUCCUGCACAGCUCCUCUUUCUGGAUUCUGCAGCAGAAAUCUCCUUUGGCAUAUAUAUCCUUGACUGAAUUACAGGGAAGUUCAGUAACAUAUACCAGGAACAGCGUCAACUUAAAAAUCAUGCAGUUCACCAGAACUGGUGUGUUUUUAUGGUGUUUUUUUUUCCCUAACCAGAACUUCCUAUUGUUAUAUCUUUUAAUAAGCCAUUUUGAUAUUAGUUUUAUUUCACGUUUUCUACUUUCUCUGUGUGUGUACAAGAAGAAUCCUGACUGCAGGAUCCUGCAGACCCCUCACUGUAUGUGUUUCAUCUCAUGUAACAGUUUCUCCCACAGGGAGGUUGUAGUGACCCAACUAUGGAGCUGGGAUUUCUGGCUUAACUAUUUCUAAUUCUAGUUUUGUCACUAACAUGGUUGAUCUCUGGUACUGUAUAUCAUUUUCACUAAUUUCAGGAGACAGGAAGUGCCUGUUAGCAUUUGUCUGCACCCCCCCCCCCCCCCCUUCUUUUUUUUUAGCUCAAGUUUUCUUCUACUAUUACAUUAGUAUGGUGAUAUUUAGAAAUUUGCUUGUUAUAAAAGAACAGUGAACCCCUAAGUCACUGGUUGGAACUAUGCCAUAUGGCGGGGACUGUAUAAAUUCACACAAAAUGAUUUUGCUGGCAAAGUGGCAUAUAUUGUCAUUAAUUUCCAAACUCUGCCAUAAAGUACACAAGUAUUUUAUUGAAAUAGUACUAUAAUUUAUGUCAAGCUCAGUGAGUAUUCUCCCGUUUUAAUGUUUCAUAACCAAAUAAACAUCUGUAAGCAGGGCAGACAGAAUGUGGACUAUAUGCCACUGAAAAGAUGUAAAGAAUGAAUUCUGUAAGCUCUAUUACCCAGAGUUGCCCUCUGGGAGUUAGUGAUAAUGGAGGAUGGUGUGACCCCAUGAUUUUUUUACCACAUGGCAGUAGUGCCCCAACUGUCUAUUUUUAUGCAUAUUUCCUAACACAAACUGUGUUCUGGUUUUAAAUGUCAGGGAGACUGUAUGCUGUGUACCCUGCUAAGAGCAAUUCCUAUUGAGUUUAAAGGAAGAUAUACACAGGUUUGAAGACUAGCAUACGGAUUCCUCUAAUCUGCAUGUAUUAAAGCCGCAUACCUCUGUGAUAGAUAUUCUUAAAUUUAAGAACUAGUGACAUUGGAGAAUGAGUGAAUGGCUUGCAGUGAAGUAGUGUGUAUAGAAGAGUAGGCUUUUAGAACUGAUUUACAGUCCUGAAAUAGAUGGGGGUUAGUCCUAGCUGUUCUUAUUUCACUAUUGCUAUACCAGGUUCUUUAUUUCUUGGGGAUCUCUAGAGUUCUAGACUGAAGCAUGCUUAAGGAUGCACCAUUUCCUAAUUUUGUAUGACAGUUUUGUAUUAUUGCUUUAGUUUUAAACUAGUCUCUUGUGCCCUUGUGUUUAACAAGUUUAGUUAUUUUAAAAAAAGGCAAAAAAAUGUAUAUGACAUACUGCAUUUCUGUUAAUCACGUUACUGUUUACAAAUCUGUUUGCACAUCCUUUCUGAAGUUCAGUCGUAUGAGUAGUGAGGUUUUUGUUGAGAAAGAGUCAAACUCUUCCAAUGAGACAAAAAUCCAUAUUAUAUAUUGAAGGGUCUUGGGGGCAGAGGGAUGGAGAGAAGCAUUAUCUUUCUUAGGGAACUAGUAAUCUGUUAUCUGACAGGCAGUUCUUUAAUUAAGGAAAACUGAAGGGCUCUUCUGGUGACAGCCUUGGCCCUUUCCUCCCAGACAUCUUUCUUGAGAGACUUCAGAGGUAAUUAUGAAAUAUUGAUCCCUUGCUCUGCCAGAGGAGACAGGUAUCUGAAGAAGAGUUUAUACCACAAAACUAUGGCAUUUCUGCUAUGAAGCAAAAAUGGCCUCUUCAUUUUUACCUAGAGUUCUUUCAGGAUGUUUCUUCACUUCACUUAAAUUCAUUCUUAUUCAGGUUAAAUUAUCUUAAUAGCCACAAAGAAACCCUUGCCACAUAAGCUGAGAGGCUAUUUAAGCCUUGAAUCCCAUAGAAGACUUUUAUAUUUCUAACCCAUGGUUUGACCCCAGUCAUUUCCUUCUCCAUGUAUAUGCAAGUGGCAACAGAAUCACAGGAUUUGCUGUAGUUGGUUCCUGGGGUCCUUCCCCAGUUUUUCAUCUGCCUUGAGUGGUAUAGUCCUGUUCUUCUGCAGCCAAAUGGCGAAGAGUUCACUAGCAUCUCUCCCUAUUCCUGGUGCCCAAUUUAAGCUCAUGCUAGAAGGAUGAAAGCAUUUUUACUGUGUAAAAUGGCUUUACUAUUAAAAAUAUUCAUACCGAAACUGGGGUUGGUCAACUACUAAAGCGUUAUUGCCAAGGACUCCAUGACAUAUAAAGAAAAUGUAAGCCAAAUUCUAAUAAUUGCACUUAAUGAGUUUAACUUUGGCUUUCUAAAUGGUGCACGUGGCUUCAAGUUACAUUACCUACUUUUGUAAGAAUAGCCAUUGGUGUGCUAUUCUAAGUACUGGAUUACUUAAGAAGUCAGGACUGUACUAGCAGUUUAAAUAAAUAAAUGAAAGUGCUUUCCCCUAUUUUACGGUUUACUAAGUCCCUUGAAGUAGGCUUUCAUUUUAGCUUUUAGGUGUUUUAACAAUACCUGGAGUGCUUCAAUGGUUUCUGUGUUAAUAUGUUUUGUUCCUCUGACCGGGAUUGAGCUGUUAACUUCUCUGCACGGUCCUUUCUAAUAAACUUUUGUUUCAUGUCA